UAAGCCGCGGCGGCGAAGGCUGAUGCCGUCACAGAGGCGACAACCCGGAAGUGGCGGCCACAGGGCGGGCAGGAGCUGCAGGCGGAGCAGGUGGUUACACUCUCAGGGAUGACUCAGUUGGGUGCCAUAGCAGCUCUAGCUGCCAGCCUGGUGGCAGCUGCUCUUUUUUCUGCAAUACACAAGAUUGAAGAAGGGCAUAUUGGUGUUUAUUACAGGGGAGGAGCUUUAUUGACAUCCACCAGUGGUCCUGGCUUCCACCUUAUGCUUCCGUUCAUUACCUCCUUUAAAUCUGUUCAGACGACGUUACAAACAGACGAAGUAAAAAAUGUUCCAUGUGGCACAAGUGGGGGAGUGAUGAUCUAUUUUGACCGAAUAGAGGUUGUAAAUUUCCUAAUUCAAAGUGCCGUAUACGAUAUAGUGAAAAACUUCACUGCAGAUUAUGACAAGGCCCUGAUCUUUAACAAAAUCCACCAUGAACUCAACCAGUUUUGCAGUGUCCACACACUACAGGAAGUCUAUAUUGAAUUGUUUGAUCAGAUUGAUGAAAACCUGAAACUGGCUCUCCAGCAAGAUCUGACCUCUAUGGCACCAGGACUCAUCAUUCAGGCAGUUCGAGUUACAAAGCCAAACAUCCCAGAAGCAAUUCGAAGGAAUUAUGAACUCAUGGAGAGUGAGAAAACCAAGCUGUUGAUCGCAGCUCAGAAGCAGAAGGUGGUAGAGAAGGAGGCUGAGACAGAGCGGAAAAAGGCUCUCAUUGAGGCAGAAAAAAUUGCUCAGGUGGCUGAGAUAACAUAUGGACAGAAGGUGAUGGAAAAAGAAACGGAGAAAAGAAUUUCAGAGAUUGAAGAUGCUGCGUUCCUCGCCAGAGAGAAGGCAAAAGCGGAUGCUGAAUGUUACACUGCCUUGAAGGCGGCUGAAGCUAACAAGCUAAAACUGACUCCGGAGUACUUGCAGCUGAUGAAGUACAAGGCAAUUGCCUCCAACAGCAAAAUCUAUUUUGGCAAAGAUAUUCCCAACAUGUUUAUGGACCACGGUGGGACGCCCGCCAAGUCUUCGGAAGGAUCCCCUGAGGAGCUGAGAGAUGACAACUGGCUAGGAGCAGAGCCGGGCUUGUGAUCCUCCGUCGGAUGGAUGGAGCCGACCCCUAACCACUCUCCUUGGUGUGAUCUUCUCUCUUUUUCUAGGAUGCUGCACAAACCCCACUUUUGUACUGAAAAUGCAGACUUGGGAGCACAUAACUCUUUCCACUUCCUCGGUAAUUGUUUGCCUUAGUGCAGAUGAAGGAAGGAACACUGAAUCAUGCUCAGAGGUCCGUGGCAUCCCCGUGAUUGACUCUACAGCAGCCUCAAUUGAAAACAUGCUGGGUUCGUUGGAUUUUUGUAGCAAUUUGAGGAGAAUGAACUGUCUCUUGCCAGAAAUGGUACUAUCCUCUUGUUGUAUGUAUGCUACGGAUGAAGUUUAACAUGUGGGUGACAAAUGUGUUUCCAGAAAAUUCACAGAACAGAUUUUUUUCCCCCUUCGUCUUCCCCUUUUUUAAUGAAAGUUGACUGUGUGUUUCCUGGAUAAGAAGCACAUCAGUCAAAUAGAUACUAUUAUUGGAUUACUUGGAUUAUUGGGCAUCUUGUCCAGUUGUUGGGUUUCAUCUGUAGCAUAUAUGUUUAACCCACCCUGCCCCCAAAAUAAAGGUGCUAUGUUUUUAAGACCACCCACACUACAAAUUCUACAUGUGGCAUUGAUUGGGAGCAUUAAAUAACAACACACUACAA